CUUCUCCUCGUCUCCCUCCCGAUUCUUCUUUGUUUCGAACCUCUGCGACAGAGGAAGAGAGAGUGAGAGAGAGCGAGAGCGCUUUUGAGCUCGCAGUCGAACUUGGUCGGAAGAUCCGCAGUGAUGGAUUUUUCGAGCAAACAGUUCUCAAGCAGAUAUCCUGGUAGUAAAGUUCUUUGCUCUAAUCUGUUCUAGGUGAACUAUGGAUAUAAUAUCUCAGCUGCAGGACCAAGUCAAUACGAUCGCGUCGACUGCUUUCAAUACUUUUGGGACCCUACAGAGAGAUGCUCCCCCGGUUCGGCUAUCCCAGAAUUACCCGGAUCCGCCCCCGCCCCCGCCCACCAAUCCGCCAGAGGAUGCGUCGAACUUCUCUGAGCAACCUAAGAUCAUGAGUGCUGCCCUUGUCAAGGCUGCAAAGCAGUUUGAUGCAUUAGUUGCGGCACUUCCUAUAGCUGAGGGAGGUGAAGAAGCUCAACUUAAAAGGAUUGCAGAGCUUCAGGCUGAGAACGAUGCUGUUGGACAAGAACUUCAGCGGCAGCUCGAAGCUGCAGAGAAAGAAUUGAAGCAAGUCCAGGAGCUGUUCAGCCAAGCAACCGACAAUUGCUUGAAUUUGAAGAAGCCAGAUUGAGGAGAGCUUUCGCGAAUAUUAACCGUUGGCAACAUCCUGACUUUAGUUGGGCAGCUUCUGAAGUCCGAGGAAUCAAACUUUGAUGUCGUACAGUUUUCAUUUGUUGUAACAUGUGGAUGCCGCCCAUUCCUUCUGGGGAAUUUUCUUAGAUACCGAAGGUGGCAGUGGUAUAUAAAUCUCUAAUAGCAAUUGUGGCAUGGAAGAGCAGUAGUCGAUGGGACUACGUUUGGUGUAAGAGCACUUAUUGCUGCCUUGAUCCUUUUUUAGGACAGCUUCCUUCCCAAUGACAACGAUGCAGAAUUGUCUUAAUCA